UCACCCACCUCCCCUCAACCCCCUCCAUACCACCGCAAACCCUCUUUGCACAGCAAUGGCAGAUAUCGAGGAGACACCACAGCCACAGGAAGAGCUCGCGCUCGCGACCACCACAGGCGAAAAUGACGUUGCUGAGGCGGCCCAGCAGCCAGCAUCAGCAGGCAAGAAAGUGAAAAAGAUCAUCCGCAGGAAGAAGCGCCCAGCACGGCCGCAGAUCGACCCGGCGUUGAUCAAGUCCGAGCCACCGCCGCAGACGGGCACCAUCUUUAACAUCUGGUACAACAAAUGGGCGGGCGGCGACCGUGAGGACAAGUACACAUCGCAACGCGCGGCGAAGGGCCGGUGUAACAUCGUCAAGGACAGCGGGUUUACCAAGGCAGACAGGGUAGCGGGCAGCUAUUUCUGUCUGUUUUUCGCAAGAGGGAUCUGUCCCAAAGGUCAAGACUGCGAAUACCUCCACCGCCUCCCCACGAUCCACGAUCUCUUCAACCCCAACGUCGACUGUUUCGGCCGCGACAAGCACAGCGACUACCGCGACGACAUGGGCGGCGUGGGCUCCUUCUUGCGCCAGAACCGGACCAUCUACGUCGGGCGCAUCCACGUGAGCGACGACAUCGAGGAGGUCGUCGCCCGC